GGAAGCGGUGAGCUGACUGUUGACAGCUGUCCAGUGAACGAAGGUGGUGAAACGCUGUAGUCUUACCCUGUAAUCCUCCGGCUCAGUUUUCUGAGCUUCAGCCGAGCUUUCCUGCUGUGAGGUUUUCUGCUGAAAAGGUAAAGUUGGACGUGAGAAACAGCGUGACGCGUUCACUUACAGCCUGGCAAUCAGAGAUGGACGGUGGAUCAGAGGUGCGACUGGAGGCCCCCACCUUCUGCUGCUCCACCUGUGAGGGAGCACCAAUCACAGGUCGCCGCUCCGCUCAACGCAUGAAGGCCCGCAGUCUGAGCACCUCCUCAGCCACUUACUCAGAACACAGGAGGACUCAGUGGCUUCAUGGACCGAGUCCUGUCACCACAUUUGGCCCGAAGGCAUGCAUGCUCCAGAAUCCACAUGCUGUGAUGCAUAUUCAGGAUCCCGCCAGCCAGAGACUGACGUGGAACAAGCCUCCGAAAAGUGUCCUUGUCAUCAAGAAGAUCCGAGACGCCAGCCUGCUUCAGCCUUUCAAGGAGCUCUGCACGUUCCUCACCGAGGUGAAGGACCUGAUGGUUUACGUGGAGAAGAAGGUCCUGGAUGAUCCGGCCAUUUCAGGCGACGAAGUUUUCGCCGCCAUCACUAAGAAAUUUUGCACUUUCAGAGAAGAUCUGGACGAUAUCUCCAAUCGUGUGGACUUCAUCAUCUGUCUCGGUGGAGAUGGAACGUUGCUGUACGCGUCUUCGCUUUUCCAGGAGAGCGUCCCCCCUGUCAUGGCCUUCCACCUGGGCUCCCUGGGCUUCCUGACGCCGUUCAAGUUCGAUACGUAUCAGUCUCAGGUCACGCAGAUCAUCGAAGGAAACGCCGCCAUCGUGCUGCGAAGUCGCCUGCAGGUGCGAGUGCUCAAGGAGAACUGGGAGAAGAAGGACACGGUGGACGAGAAGGGCAUCAUCCUGACCAAUAAGGACCUGGAGACCAGCCGCAAAGCCAUGCAGUAUCAGGUUCUUAACGAGGUGGUGGUGGACAGAGGACCCUCCUCCUACCUGUCCAACGUGGACCUCUUCUUGGACGGACACCUGAUCACCACGGUGCAGGGAGACGGUUUGAUCGUUUCCACGCCGACGGGCAGCACGGCGUACGCGGUGGCCGCCGGAGCCUCCAUGAUCCACCCCAACGUCCCGGCCAUCAUGAUCACCCCCAUCUGUCCUCACUCCCUCUCCUUCAGACCCAUCGUGGUGCCUGCUGGAGUGGAGCUCCAGAUAAAGCUCUCCCCUGAUGCCAGGAACACGGCCUGGGUGUCGUUCGACGGCAGGAAGAGACAGGAGAUCUGCCACGGAGACAGUAUCACCAUCACCACUUCCUGCUUCCCCGUUCCCUCCAUCUGCUUCCGAGACCCGGUGAACGACUGGUUCGAGAGCCUGGCCACGUGUUUACACUGGAACGUGAGGAAGAAGCAGAACUACCUCAGCUCGGAGGACGAAGAGUUCUGAAGGACCGCUCCUUUCGCCUGCCGCCGCCGAGAGCCUCCAACUCUUAACUUUAGUAUUGGCAAAAGUCAAAGUGCAUCAAUUUCGGACGUGUAAUCAAAAAGGAAAGCAACACACUGCAACUCUCGGGUUGAACCCAAACACAGUUGCGUGGCGUCAUAGUGCUGUUGGUGGCUUGCUCCGAGACUUUUUCCAUAUUCAGGGAGACUUUUUUUUAAAAGGAAAUCAACUCUCUCUGCUGAAGCAAAGACCAAACUACACUAGAGUAGAAAAACUCCAGUUCAUGUUUAACUAAGAACUAAUGAGAUCUUAAAAGUUGCUUUAGCUGAAUCCAGGGGCCCAACUGUGCAGAAUGUGCCUUAAACACUGCCAUCAUCAGGAUAAAGUGAUAUUUUGAGGUUACCAAAUUUGUGUUUUUUUCUUUUUUUUUUUAUCUAACAUUCGCCAUGUUUGUCUUUCCUGUUAGCAGAACUGAACACAUGGCUGUGUUUUAGGUAGUUUACUGAAUCGAAGGCGGCACAAAGCUGUUGCGAGCCCCUUCUUACUGAUGUCUGGUUUUAAAGAUUUUUCCUUUAAGCAUCCGCCAAACAUUUUAAAAUCUAUAUUUUUUUAGACCGAUGUCUGUGGGCUCUGUGAUGGUCUGUGUGUGAAUGUUGAGGGAUUGUUACAAACUUGCUGCGUUUCCCACAGUGCAGCCUACGUUACAGGUUUGUCGGGACCUGCCCACCGUCCAGAUGUUUGGUUUUAAAUCGACUCAACAGAUCAAUCAUUCCUCUUAACCCUGUACAUAAAUGUAAAACGCUAAUAAGCUGUUGUUUUGUAUAAUAAUGUUUAUUCACAGGUUUACAGUGUAUUAUUACUGAAAAUAAAUCUAUUUGCUACUUUUUAUACGGCGAUGCGUUUGUCACCUGUUGAUUUUUGUCGACGUGGAGCAGUCUAGUGUCUUGACGAUCCGUUAGAAACGCAUUCCAGGGCAAAUGUGAUUUGUCUGACUUUUAAUAGGAAAGAGACCAGCUGGUUCGUCACCAGCGUUGGUCUCAGCUGUUCUCUGUAAAGUGCUUUUCACUUUUGUAACCGAGAGCCUGCAACUCUAACUUUUGCAUUGGCAAGUUUGAUAAAUGUGUCCAAGAAGUUAUUCUCUUUUUUUUUUUUCCCAUAACACCUUAAUAAA